AAAGACUGGCACACCGGGCAGGACACCCGGGGCAGCGGCACACCGGGCUGGACUACCGGGCAGAGGCACACCGGGCAGAGGGCGGCCACACCGGGCAGAGGCACAUCGGGCUCAGGACUCCGGGCAGAGGCACAUCGGGCAGGACUCCGGGCAGAGGCACAUCGGCAAGCGGGCCCCCGGGCGGAGCAGCAGGCACCGGGCCCCCAGGGGCGGGGCAGCAUGGACCGGGCCCCCGGGCGGGGCAGGCAGGCACCGGGCCCCCGGGCGGAGCAGCAGGACCGGGCCCCCGGGGGGGCAAGCAGGCACCGGGCCCCCGGGCGGGGCAGCAGGCACCGGGCCCCCGGGCGGGGCGUC